ACACUAGACAAUGACAGUCUCCUUCCGUUCUAUUGAGAAUGGCUGAAGAAGACCUUCGUGUUCUGUUCGUUGGCUCAGGUGCAGUUAACUUUGGAGGAGCUGAGGGUCCAUGGGAUCACUCCAAGAGGUUGGAGACGUUAGGAGGAGUGAAAAUUGUGGCCAUUGCAGACCCUAUACUGAGCAAAGCAGAGGAAGUGCUCAGGGCAAAGCUGGAGGGGCCGCAUGCUCACAUGUACAAGGACUGUAUUGCUGUGAAGAGCUACCUUGAUGCCAUCUCACUCACCAAACCUAAUGUUGCAUUUAUUGGUGUUCCCCCAGUGUACCAUGGAGCUAUGGAUCCACCUCACGACAUUGAGCUGCAGUGUGUAAAGGCAGGCUUGCACCUCUUUAUAGAGAAACCAGUAUCAGUUGUAGCUCCAGAGAAAUUCAUCCCGUACAUGGAGGCGGUGGAAAGAAUCGCAGAAGAGUCUAAACUAAUAGUGAGCGUAGGUUAUAUGUUUCGAUAUCACCCAGCUAUUGAGAAGAUGCAAAGUCUGAUAAAGCAGCACGGAAGGCCUUUAGUUCACGUUAAUGCUCGCUAUUUAUCAUGUGCUACGGCACUAAGCCAUCCCGUUUGGUGGGACAAGGAAAAGUCUGGCGGACCAAUUGUUGAGCAGGCAACUCACUUUUGUGACCUCCUACGCUAUUUCGGAGGGGAUGCCCUUUCAUCGUCCAUCCGUGCAGUUGCUGUAGGCCCGAGUGACACGCCCACUUCUCCCGGCUACCUGUCUUCGGUUCCGGAAGUGAUUCACGAAGAUUCGAUACCAAUGGAACGGAGAGUUCCACGAUUAACGACUGCCCACUGGUUCUACUCGUCCGGUGGUGUGGGUUGUCUGACACACGGGGUCACGCUUCAGGGCAGAAAAUACGAGGCAGCUAUUGAUGUGUGGGCGGACGGACUGAGGCUGUCCUUGGAAGAUCCUUACUUCCCCGGAUGCAAGCUUAGAGCCAGAAUAGGAAACACGGACAAGGAGGAAGUCUACCAUUUCCCGGACGCAGAUCCAUACCUGAACGAGGAUGAGGUGUUUCUGAGGGCAGUACGGAAUGGGGACAAGACACUGGUCCGAUCCUCGUACCGAGACGCAGCUCACACCUACCAGCUGUCCUGGGACAUUCGAAAAGCCAGCGAAGCAUAAACUAUAUACAUAAACUGUGUUAGUUGCAGUUAUAAUAUUUUAUGGCAUCAUUGAAAUGCUGUUGAAAUGCUGGUAUAUUUGUAUCCACAAUUC